UGACUGCUGGAUGACGACUCUCUUGGCGGUGAGGACUGAUGUUGUUCGGAAGGAUCCGCGGAAUAAGACGAAAUGUCAUUGGAGCGAAGAGCAGAAAAUAAAGCAGUGUGAUCGCUUCACUGAUCAAAACUCACUAGUCGUAUUCUCUUGUAGAAGAAUUGGAUAGGAUACGUUCGAAUCGAAGUCGAUACCGCCACACAGGUUGUGACUCCUGUAACUUUGGCUACACAGGCGCCACCAAUGAUUUAAAUGUGCCUUCCAGUGGACAUGGCAAUAUAAAACAGUCACCGAUGGGACUUGCGGUCAGCCGCCAACGCGGCAUGCCCCGCUCACCAUGCUGGAUCGGGUUAUCCUACUCCUACUUGCCGUGUGCGCGGUGCGGGCGCAGCAGCAGCAGCCCGCGGUGACCGUCGUCAAGUACGAGUCCCAGCCCAACACGGGCAGCGGGGAGUACUCCUUCUCGUACGAGCUGAGCGACGGCUCCGCGCGCUCCGAGCAGGCCGUGCUGCAGAACGCCGGCACCCCCGACGAGUUCCUGUUGGUGACGGGGUCCUUCCGGUGGACUUCCCCCGACGGCCAGGUCACCCAGGUGGACUACACGGCCGACGACAACGGCUACCACCACAGCAUCUCCCUUCAUCGGACGGGGCCACCCAGGUCCAGGCCCACAGAACGCCCCCAAUAUUUUGCGCCGGCCACAUCUCGGCCUAGCUGUUACCCCGGAAGCCCUGGUCCAAGGUGCCCUCACCCACCACCACCACCACCACCACCACCGCCAUCAGCACGACCCCGUACCCCGCCACCCCCUCCAGAGGGGGGCAACUUGUACAACAACAAGCCUUCGUACCCAAAGCCUCAAGUGAAGUUGGAACUGCCCAGUUUCAAACCUCGACCAUCAGCGCGACCGAAGAUUCGCCCGAAAGCAGGUCUGCUUGAUCCGUUGAAGACUGUGUUUCCGUCCCUUCUGGGCAGCAACUACGUACGGCGACGCCGGCUGGGCACCCUAGCGACUGGAGGACGUGGCGAACCACUCAACGGCGCCUGAAGCUAGGCAAAAAGCGUCGCUUUGCUACUGUGAGUAGGCGAUCACCUCUCCCUUGGAAUAACCCUGGAGUCCUGCCCAUGGGACGAUGGCUCGCCAUGUAUCGAUCGAUUAAUCAUCUUACUUUGAAGUCACUUUGAUUUAUUUUUUUAUUAUUGCAAAUAAAUAAAAGUAAG